AUGGCGGACACGGCCUCGUCCAAGGAAGCCAUGACUCGCGUGGUGGACUACGCAGCUUCCGGCUCAGGAGCUGCCGCUGCUGGUCACGAUGAAACCAUCGAGGAGCGCUGCUUCUCGGCGGCGCUCAUCUGCCUAGAAGGCCACUACACUCAGUCACCCCCCAUGGGCCCUCACACGGCCGCCCGGGUCAACUCGAUGAUAUCAAAGACGCUGGAGAAGACUCACACGUUGAGAGCGGCCCGUGAAGCUCUCUCACGCAACGUGGCGAUAUGGAUCUGGCUCACGAGGAUUUUUGCUGCCGCGAUCCCGAGCCUCACAACAAGAUCCGUCGGCCCGCUUUCAAGCUUGAACGACCCGGAAAAGGGCGUCAGCCCACAAGAAAGCACUGCGCUCAUCGUCAUGAACCACGCCUCCAUCAAGGAAGACCUCGGCACCCUCAUCAAGCUCAUGCACGUGGCCAGAAAUCUGCUCGUUAAUGCCGAACCGGAGGUCCCUCAAGACAUAUGCGCAGCCGUUCAUUUCGACCAGAUGGUCUACCAAACCAUCAUCCUUUGUGUAAACGUCACGAGCAAGGGAUACGACGGCGAAAUCCUUGACGAGGCUCAACGGCUGAAGCUCACAGAUAUCACAGAGCUUUACAAAAAACUUCUCGUCACGUCUCUCCAGCAAGCCCACAACUGGACGGCCAAACAUGACCGAAACAAAAUGUCCUUUUGGUUCGAUGUUCUCUUUGACGAUGAGGACGGUGCCUUAUCUCGAUCCGAAGAAGGAUCGGGCGACGGUUCGGGUUUUCGUCCAGAAGUAGCCAAGCAACAGGUCCAGCAUUGGCUCGAUCGCAACUCAAAGAUGUGCGAUACCGCCCGCAAGCUGCUCAAGGACUAUGCCCAAAACCAUGCAGACAAGCCGCCGGGCAAUCUGGCGCCUAUUCGACCCUUGGCGUGGAACUGGCUCCCCGAGGAUUCGGUAAAUGUGCCUACUGAUGUUGGCGAUAGCACGGAGAGAAUCAACCCCGUGUGGAAGCCGGAUGAACCGGACAAGUUCGAGCAGGAUCGAGCAUACGGCCGAGUAUCGAGAGAAAUUGACACCUGGUGGCUCCGGGCGCGAGAUCCCAACUACGAGGAAUGGGUUGUGGGCAUGCCCACAGUCGAGUUUGCACAGUCACGCACAGAUCACUGCAAGAACAACCUGGUGCAUCGUUACGCACAUUCCUACCAGGGCGAGCAGUCCCCUCCCCCCGAGGCCGCCGAGGAAGACCUUUUGGAUCACGAGCACUGCCACUGCCCGGAAUGUCAUGCAUGCCAACACGAGGACCACGAGCACGAGCACGAGCAUGAACAAGACCAGCAUGCGGAUGAACAUGACAUAGAGUGUGAGCAUCAUCGUCAUCAUCAUCUACACCACGACCACGACCAUGAUCACGAUCACGACCAUGAACAUGACCACGAUCAUGACCAUGACCACGACCACGAUCACGACCAUGACUACACCCACGAGUAUGUCGACGACAUGCUGGACGACGAAGAAGCCGAUGACGACGUAUCCUAUGGCGAAGGGCCGUUGACGGGUCUGCUUACCGAAGUCCCCAACAUACUCGAUCCGAAACAAAUUGAGGCGCUGCAUAUGAUUGUCAAGUCCUGUAUUCUGGACAACGCAGGCUCUGGUCUGACGCGCGCCGGCGAGAACCUGCAGAAGACGCGGUGCAGAAUGUUCUUGGCGCUGGACUGCGGGAAAAGUCUGCUACGGGAAUUGCUCGUCUUCAUCGCCGUCUGGGAUAAGGAUGAGCAGUCACUCAUAUUUCAAGUGACGACGCAAAUCGUCGAGGCUCUCCACCACAGCGCUCUGAUCCCGUACGCCUGGAACUCGCUGAGGAUACCAAAGGACAUCAUCUCGCCCGCGCAGACGGUGCUGUUGCGCUUGGUCAACCACAUGUUCCGCGCCCGAGUCCACAAUCCCGCGGCUCAGGAGACAAAGGACAACACGAGGGACAUCAAGCUGGUGCAUUUCUUCUUCAGCUUUUUCAGGAGCCGCAUCGUCCCCGAGUGUGCGGCGCUCAUGCAUCUGCAGGCUCAGAUUCGAGAGCAAAACUGCGACCCGGCAGAGUUCCCCGUCGACAGCUGGGACAUGGAGCGCGCAAAGGAUGGGCUGGUCCAAUACCUCGAGUUCCUCACCACAGUUGCCGAAACGGCGGAUACCAGGGCCAAGUUGAUUGACUGGGAAGCCGUGUACGACCUCAUCACCAUCUUGAGCGGGCUUGAAGCCGGCGUGCAGAAAAAAGCGCUCAUUGAGCUCCCGAAGCGGUCCCCCAAGGGCGAGCAAGUCAAUCCCAUGGUCGAGCGCCCGUACGCAACCGAGCACCAGACCAGCCCGUCUCCAUCGCCGCCUCCACCACCCUUGCAAGAGCCUGCGCACAAGUUUCCGUGGUCCGGCAUCAAGGGUCAGAUAUUCACCAUCAUCGCCACCCUCCUCCAGCCGCCCCCGGGACAGAGCAGCCCUGGAAACGCGCAGGUUCAGAUGCAGAUGGUCGGUUACAACGGCAUUGUCCCGCUACUCAACUGUUGCGCCUACGACGACCACAACCCGUACGCCAAAGAGCGCGUGACCAUUUGUCUCAAGUGGCUGCUGGACGGUUGCGAGGCGGCCAACAGCUUUUUCCGUGAGCUGGUGAGCUUCACUCCGCAGCCCAAUAUGAAGCCGCCGCCAGGCGGGACAACCAUCUCGACGAUCAGGGUGGACGGAAUCCAGGGCGAGGUCAAGGUCCAGGUGCGGUCGAGCUCGGCGGCUCGUGCCGACGGCAGCGGGAGCAGCAGUUGUCGGGACCUAAACGCGGAUCUGCUGGAGCGCGCGGCCUCGCUCAGCCUCGGAGCCGCUCCUCCGACGUGCAGGGGUACCAUUGAAGACGACUUCAUGGCCUGA